AUGACCCAGUCGAAACACUAUAGUUUGACAGGCAACUAUAUUCAGUCGGAAACUUUACACCUUAAAAACGAAUUAAGUAAGUUAGAAGAAGAAAAAAGACGGUUGGAGAGUAGCGUUGCGAGAUUGGAAGAUAUGGAGAAUCAUUUGGAACUAAAAUAUUUAGAGGAUCUGAAAAAAAUCCUGGAUGAACUCGGGGGACU